AUGUGCAGAUUUUGCUUGCCAAGGAGUGCAGAGUCUUGUUCCUUUUCUUAUGCGCAGUCCCUUGUGCCACGAGAGGAGAUCCAGGAGCACGGUCGCUGGCACUUGGCCACAUGUCUUGCCUACGAGUCUGUCCAGCUCAAUGCCAUCAUCCUGACAAACCUCAUCAACUCCUGUGCCAGAAAAGGUUUCUGGGCCUUUGAUUUGCCUGAAGGGGAAGGGAUUGACUACCAUUGUUCUCAUACUUCAUCUUUGGGCUUUUGGGAAUGGUCCGUGUGCCUCCUCAGCGUGAAGACCUGGAGCGUCCAGGCUGACAUUCUGCUCCAGAAUGCUGCCUUGCGAGCAUUCGCGGGAGCGUCCACAUGGGCAGAGGCAGUAGCUGGCUUGGAUGCCAUGGAUCAACGAUCUUUGGCGGCGGAUGUGUACAGUGCCAGUGCAGUUCUGAAGGCAUGCGAAUCAGGGGGAUGGCGUGUUGCAGCUGAGCACCUGCGAAGCUUCCUUCAGCUGGAGUUGGAAAUGACAGCUGUGAACUACAACGUGCUCAUGAGAACUCUCGAAACCUUCACGAAGUGGCAGCAGCCCCUGGAGAUCAUUCAUGGUAUGAAGAAAGUGGGCAUUGAGAAGACAGUCAUCUCUGUGGCUUCUGCUACUGCCGCAUGCGGCAAUGCGGAGCGAUGGCAGCACGCACUUGCAGUAGUACAUGGUGCGCUCUUGCAGCGGCUUCGAACCAACUUGAUCGCAUGCAAUGCAGCUGCCAGUGCAUGUGAGAAGCCAGGUCAAUGGAGGCAAGCGGUGCAAUGGGUAGUGGCCAUGCGUCACAGCGGGGUACAGGAAGACUGUAUAUCCUGCAAUGCAGUCAUGAGCUCGCUGGAAAAGGGCGGAAUCUGGCAGAAGGCUCUGGAAGUGCUUGACUCCGGGUUUCAGCAAUUUGAAGCGUCUGUGGUCACCUUCAGUGCCGUGAUCAGCUGUUGUGAAACGGCUAGCCGUUGGCUCGAAGCGCUGGAGGUGCUUCGUUGCUUGCCCAAGUCCAGGCUGACCGGCAAUUGCUACACAUUCAACGCAGCAGUCAGCGCCUGUGAGAAGGGUUCGUGUUGGCUUGGAGCCGUUUGGCUGCUGUAUGAGAUGAAGAUGGCAGCAUGGCAGCUAGAUAUGAUCUCCUACAACGCGGCAAUAAGCGCCUGCUCCAGCAGCAGUCAGUGGAGAAGCAUCUUGCUGCUGUUUGCCGAAAUGACUCUCUGGGAGCUUCAGAAGGAUGUUACCACAUAUGAAGCAGCCGUCGGGGGAAUGGAGAGGGGUGACUGCAGUCUUGAAGCAAUUGUGCUUCUGCAUGAUCUGGAGGCGCAGUAUCUGGAAGCCUAG